UCUCUCUCUUAUUCGCCCGGUCGGAUCUACGGUGAAUAAAUCUCUGUACCUCGCUCCUUCCCUCUCUUACCAUUUGCUUUUCCUUUCUCUUUCGCUGACGCGGCACGCCGAAGCGUCCUGUGGCAAGGUGUAGGUCAGGUAACUUGAUUUUCGCGACGUUACAUCGGAGAGAUCGCGAGACUCUUGCGGAGAUCGGUGAACGACUUUAUCUUGACGUUGACAUCUCGGACUAGGAGGAGACGGUGAGAACCGCCAGUGUAUCACGUGAACAGUCCCGAAUUAUAAAUAACAACAUCAUCGGUGGAAACGGCUUCCGAUUCAUGGAACCUCUCAAUCAGUCGCAUUCUUUAAAGUUUUUUCGGUGCUAUUUCUGAAAAACAGGUGAAUAAUUGAAGAGCAAACGCGUGACAAGAUGCAAGCCAGACAAAUCCUCAACGUGUUCCAUCGCCUUGUGGAAGUGAUCGUGAGAGGAAUAUUCCUGUUAGUUGCUUACAUCAGCGGACCGGCAGAAUCUCAACCACCUAUCAAAGAUUUAACUCUCCUGCACAGCGCAACCACUUUAGCGUUAAAAAUUCGAAACAGACAAUUAACUUCGGAGGAAGUAGUAUCUUCCUACAUAGAAAGAAUAAAAGAGAUUCAACCAAUACUCAACUGUGUAGUCGCGGACCGUUUUGAGAAAGCUCUUGAAGAAGCGACAAAAUGCGAUGAAUUGUUGAAAUCUCAAAACGCUCCAUCCGCGGAUUUGUUGGCCAAAGAAAAACCAUUGUUUGGUGUACCUUUUACUACCAAGGACUGCAUCGGAGUGGCGAAUAUGCAACAAACAGCUGGCCUAGUUAUACGAAAGAACACUGCCGCUGAUAGAGAUGCAGAAACGAUAAAAUUAAUGAGGUCAGCUGGAGCUAUACCUCUGGUAUUGACAAAUGUUUCAGAAUUAGCGAUGUGGUGGGAAAGCAGUAACUGUUUGUUUGGUACUACUAAGAAUCCCUAUAAUACGAGACACAUUGUAGGCGGUUCUUCGGGUGGCGAAGGCUGCUUACAAGCGGCAGCUGGAUCACCGCUUGGAAUUGGCUCAGAUAUUGGCGGUUCUAUUCGCAUGCCGGCAUUCUUCAAUGGAAUUUUUGGCCAUAAGCCAUCUAAGGGAAUAGUCUCGAACGAUGGUCAAUACCCAAGUGCACACAGUGAUGAUCAAGAUCAAUUGCUCGCUAUUGGACCCAUGUGUAGAUACGCGCAAGAUAUUGCAUUAACUCUUAAGAUUCUUGCGGACAAGAAUGCCGACCUAUUGAAGCUAGAUGAAAAAGUGGACAUCUCACGAAUUAAGAUCUAUUAUAUGGAGGACGACGGCGGUCAAUAUCUAGUUUCUCCCGUGGAUCCGGAAAUAAAGGACGCAAUGAGAAAAAUAUUGAACUAUUUCGAGAAGGCCUACAAGAUUAAGGCUACGAAAUUGAACGUAAAGAAAUUGAAAAAGAGUAUAGCUCUCUGGUUGGCAAACAUGGCAGCGAAGGAUGAGAAGGAUUUUUCAUACGAGUUAACCAAUAGGAAAGGUCAGAUUAAUAUUUGCUGGGAAUUUGUCAAGUGGAUGUUAUUCAUGAGCGAUCACACUUUGGUUGCUCUUAUUACUGCCGCAUUCGAAAAAUUCGGCAUAAAACAUGGAAGUGAAAAACACGUUCGACUUAUGCAACAAAGUAAAGAUCUUCGUCAAGAAUUUAAGGAUAUUUUGGGAGAGGAUGGUGUGUUCUUGUAUCCAACACAUCCGACUGCAGCCCCAAUGCAUUAUGAACCGUUGUUCAAACCGUUCAAUUUCUCUUACACCGCAAUAAUUAAUGUAUUAGGCCUACCAGCUACAGCUUGUCCGUUAGGCUUAAAUAAACAAGGGCUUCCCAUUGGAAUACAAGUCGUAGCGGGUUUACAUCAAGAUCGUCUGACGCUAGCUGUUGCAGAAGAAUUGGAACGAGGUUUCGGAGGUUGGGUACCUCCGGCAAUAGUAGCUUAACGUCAGUACAAUCAUAGACAAUAAUUCAAUGAAUGAAUGAAUGCAUAUACACAUAACGCCUCAUCUUACCGAACCCUGCCAUCUUUCUUUGGCGAAGUAUUAUACCAUUUAUAUCGAAAAUUUUCAUGUGUACGCGAAUUAUCGAGAUUUAAAGUACAAAUUUAUAUAUAAAAUUAUUA